UAUUAAGAAAAUGAUAAUUAUAUAUAGGAUAAUAUAUAAAUUGAGAGUAAUAAUAACAACAAUAUAAAUUUUUUUGAAGACUCUUUACAUGAAUUAUAUAACAGUUCUUUAUAAACAUAAAUUGCGCAUAGAAUUUAAAAAGAAAGGGACGAAAUAUACUUCGGAGGAGUCUAUAAAGCUAUAAAUAAUUAUGUGAAAAUUAAUGAACUUUACGAUGAAAAAACGAAAUAUUUAUAUAUAGAUUAAACUCGAAUAGGACUUUAAAAUUCAGAUGAAAUAUAAAGUAAAUAUAUAUAUUUUUAUAUUUUUAAUUUAUAAAUAUAUAUAAUAAGAAUUAAAUGAAUUUAAAGAAAAUUUUAUUUCUUUAUAAGUAUAACAUGUAUUAAAAAAUAUAAUAAAGGAAAUUUAAUAAUAAUAUGGUAUGAAUUUUAAAAUAAUGAAUAUAUUUUAAAAAAAAAUCGCACAAAAUACGGACUUUAGGAUUCCUUAAUUAUGGUGGAAAGUCUUUUAAGAAUAAAAUAUGCUUUAUUUGGAAAAUAAAAGGGAAGAAGAUGAAAAAAGAAAGAAAUAAAAAAUUAAUCCUUUCAAGUUUUCAUAUUUCUUAUGUCCAAUAUGUAUUUAAUAUAAUUGUAUGCUACAUUCUGAUUAGGAUAUCUAGAAAAAUGAGAUCUGGUCAACUUUUUAUGAUAAAAAUAUUCCCAAAUAUGACCUUAACUAAGAUCGAAUUAUCGAAUUUUUGUAAAAUAAUGAACCUUUUGAUUAUGUUUCAAGGGUUAAAUGCAUAGAAGAAAGUUAGUGUUUUAGGAAUAAAAAGUCUAAAAAUGUUUUAUUAAACAACUUUUUUUAAGAAAGGAGAAAAUGGCUAAAUUCACUUUUAUAUUUUUGCGAAACUUAUUUUAUUUUGAAUUGUUGCUUUAUAACUAAAUUGAUAAAUUUUGUCUUAAAAGAUAAUAAUAGGGUUACAUGCAAAGAAAUAAAUGAUUAUAUAAAGGCUAAAGGUUUUUAUAAAUAUGAAGAUUUUAAACAUGAAGUGGAUAUUUAUUAAGAAAGUCGAUAAAAGCUUAUUUUAUAGAAAAAUAAUGAAAAUGAUACUUUUAUAUAUACAGAUGAAUUUAUAUAGAAAAAAUUUCUUGAAAUUCCUAGUUAGAAAAAUUUAAUAAAUGAGCAAUUAAAUUAACUUUAAGGACUUUUGAGGCAUAACUAUACUCCCUGCUUCCAUGCAGGACUUUGCGAUUCAAAAAGUAACUGUGUAUGCAAUAGGAAUUAGGAUUUGAUAGAGAAAAUAAAGAAAAGAAUUGAUAAAAUAUAAAUACUUGAUAAAAAAUAAAAAGAUUAAUAAUAAAAGAACAAUUAUUAGUUAUAAUUCGAAGAUUCGAAUAUCAGUAUAAACAGUAGUUUUUAGUAAAAUGAGAAUUUGGAUAAUAGUUUAUAUUAAUAAUAAACUUAAAUUAAUAUUUUAUAUGAAGAUGUUAUUAGUAAAUAAAUACAUGAAUGUGAGAAAUAUUGUGGAUGUGUAUGUUAUUGUAGAUAUAAAAAAAAUAAUAAGAACGGGUGUAAUUGCUAUCAUGAUAUGACUUGUAAAAAUGAAAAAGAUUGUUUAUGUAGAAAAAAUAAUAGAGAAUGUGAUCCUGAUUUAUGUCGUUGUUUUUGUUAGAGAAAUGCGCGUACUAUUUAGAAAUUUAAAAUGAAUCUUUAUUAUUGUUCUAAUUCAUAAAUAUUUUAUAAUUGUAAACCUAAACUUUUAUUAGGAAAAAGUCUUGUAUGUGAUGGAUUAGGGGUUUAUGCAGGGCAAGAUUUUUUAAAAAAUUAAUAUAUAGGCAAUUAUGUGGGUGAAAUUAUAAACGAAAAGUAAGGUAAUAUAAGAUAAAAAGUAUAAUAACCUUAAGGAAUAAGCUAUUUAUUUAUGCUAAAUAAAGAAACAGAUGUAGAUAGCUUUAGAUAUGGAAAUAAAACUAGAUUUAUAAAUCAUAAUAGUGGUAGUAUGGCAAAUGCAAAAGUAGAUAUUGUCUUUUGUAAAGGAAUAAAUAAUGUAAGAUUUAAUGCAAAUUAGAUUAUCUUAAAGGGGUAAGAAAUUUUUUUUGAUUAUAAUAAGAAUUAUACUAUUGAAUGGAUGAAAACUUUUAAUAAACAUUUUGAUAAAUUUGAAAGAGAAGAAAAAAAAGAAAAAAUUAAUUAUUAGUAUAUAUGA